UGAAAACUGGUUCCGAGUAAAGAGUUCUGCGUACCUCUCGCGUCAGGUCCUUCCGAAAAUUCAUUAGUAAUCCUGUAUUGCGUUCGACUAGUCUAGUUUAAUUUGUCUCGUAGUGCGUUGACGCCGAAGAUCGCUAAUUCGCGGGAGGGUGGCAGCAUGGAAUGUGCGCCGAAAGUGAGCUAGGAGACGGGAAUUUUGCGACACAAAUAGCUCUUUGUUUGGUAGCAGGUUGAUGUCUGCUGCUGUCAUUGACUAUCAGCUGGUUUGCUUGUGUACGUUGGAAAGCAGAGCACGGUGAGGCCGCGAGAAAAACACUGAGACGAGCAAUGUCGGCGCCAAGGCCCGAACCGAAUUACAGCGCGUUGGUGAACGAGAAGAACCCGUUCCGCGAGGAGGCGCACUCCACGGACAACGAGGACAAUGAGGACACCCCGCGCAACAGCGGCGUCAUGAUUCACAUCGUCCCGGAGACGAGCAAAGCCCGCUGGAACCACAUCGAGGACCUCGAUUCGUUCUUCACGCGGAUGUACGCGUACCACCAGAAGCAUGGGUUCUAUGUGAUUACGCUGGACGAGGUGUUCCAGCUUGGACAGUUCGCCUUCGUCGUGUGGCUUGUGAUCUUCGCGACGCACUGCAUCCGUUAUCCAGUGUUAUUCGGGGACGUUCCGCCCAUUACGAAUUCCUCGAAAGUCACGAUACCUGACGUGAUCGUACCGGGCGGCGAGUGCAUGAGGAGCUUCGGUGCCUUGACCUGGUUCACUCUGAUCAUGACGGGGAUCUUGCUCUUCUUCAGAUUGGUCCGGGUCUGCUACCACAUCGCGCAGUUCUGGGACAUCAAAAAGUUCUUCAACACUGCACUCAAAAUUGAGGACGCUGAGCUGGAUAACCUCACAUGGCAUGAAGUGCAGAAAAGGGUGCGGGAAGUGCAAUCCGAGCAACAAAUGUGCAUUCACAAGGAACAGUUAACUGAAUUGGAUAUCUAUCAUAGGAUUUUACGAUUUAAGAAUUACACAGUAGCAAUGAUGAAUAAAAAUGUGCUUCCAACAAGAAUGUCGCUACCAAUUAUAGGCUCGUGUGGAUGCCUUAGCCGUGGGCUGCGCUUCAAUAUUGAAUUAAUUUUAUUUCACGGCCCAUGGUCACCUUUUGAAAACAACUGGCAUCUACGCGAAGAAUUCAAACGGACAAAUAAAAGGAUUGAACUGGCUCGACAAUUAUCCAGGCAGAUAAUGUGGGUGGCAAUAGCAAACUUAAUUCUAGCUCCGUUUAUAUUUUUCUGGCAAGUCACCUAUAUUUCGUUUAGCUAUGCGGCGCUGCUAAGAAAAGAGCCUGGAGUUCUGGGUAGUCGCUGUUGGUCACAAUACGGCAGGUUGUAUUUACGACAUUUCAACGAAUUGGAUCAUGAAUUGGACGCACGACUGAAUAGAGCUUACGAACCAGCUGAUAGAUAUAUAAGUUCAUUUUCAUCGCCAAUAAUGACAGUGAUAGCUAAGAAUAUUCUCUUUAUAUGCGGUGGAAUCUUAGCAUUGAUUAUCGGAUUAACUAUUUAUAGCGAACAUGUUAUGCAGGUGGAACAUGUACUUACAAUAGCUUCAGUUCUUACUGUAGUUGGUGUUGGAGCCAGAAUUUUUAUUCCUAAUGAAAACAUGAUAUGGUGCCCAGAGCAACUUUUAACGACCGUCUUGGCCCAUGUUCACUACUUACCAGUAGCUUGGCGAGGACUCGCACAUACCGAAAAUGUUCGUUCUGAGUUUGAACGUUUCUUCCAACUGAAAGCGGUAUAUCUGCUAACAGAACUUCUCAGUCCAUUCGUAACUCCUUUUAUACUUAUGUACUCUUUUCGACCAAGAGCUAUAGACAUUGUCGACUUUUUCCGUAAUUUCACAGUUUCAGUUGUUGGAGUUGGCGAUGUCUGCUCAUUUGCUCAAUUAGAUGUUCGUAAACAUGGCAAUCCGGACUGGCAAAUAACACAAAGCUCAGAGGACGAUGAAAUUCCUGCAGAAAAGGAAGCCAAAUUCACUUGCGAUACCAAUCAAUACACACAGGGAGAACACGGAAAAACUGAAUUGUCAUUAAUUCAUUUCACAUUGACAAAUCCUGAGUGGAAAAUGCCAGCGCAGACGAAGCAUUACCUACAAAGUAUUCGCAGGCAUGCAUUACAAGACCUGAACAAAUUGAAGUUUGGAAUGGGAGCCGCAACAAAUGCCACGGUUAUGGAGCAAAGCCUUCUCUCCUUUGGAAAUAUGAAUAAUGAGUACACUUCGAUUGUUCAUUCAGUGUUGCAAAACCAUAGUUUCGGUUUGCCAGCACAAGCGACCAUGCAACAGAGACGCGUUAAUAUCAAUCAAGUUACCGACCUACCACUAGGUCAUGCAAGCAAUCAUCCAUAUGGCUUCGAACAGAUGCUACAUCAGAAUUUGUAUGAUGUAUCUACGAUGCCAACACCGAGUAUUUUACAUAAUAUUCAAGAAGGGGAAGUGGAAGACGAUGCUAGGGACUCAGACAAUAUGCAAUAUGCUCACCCAAUGAGCACUUCUAUGACUCGCAGCAUGGAGAAAAGUAUACGGAAAGGUGCUUCAAAGAUCGAGGGAAAAAUUGAAGGAUCUACCGAAGGACUUUUGUAUAGCCUUUAUGGACAACACCCACAAAUGCCUGGGGAUCCUCAUGAGACUACAACAGCAGAUAUGUGCUUUAGUGCAUUAUUCUUGCAUGAAGUACAUCACAGAAAGAUGCAACGAAGAGGUAUACGUUUAGAACAAAGUCAACGGCAACUAUGGCAGCGCCCUCAUCAACAAGACUUACAAGCCUCAGCGCCAACUCGGACAGUUACUACUAAUAUUGCGGAAAGUACACCCCUGCUCGGCCAGAAGCGGUCAUAGCAAAGAGCGGAGUGGGUGUAGUUAAUGGAAAAAAUACGCUGCGUGGACAAGAAUGCAGGUUCAAACGAAACUCCGCCAACUGUAAAAAUGUAAUAUAAGAUUCUAGUCCUUUUAGUUCAGAUAACUUUUAAUUGUAUUUGUCUUAAAUAUAAUUUUCAUACUUUAUAAAUGAAUAUAAAGAAAGAUGUAAAAAAUAGGAUUUAAAACAAAUUGUGAAAGUGAAAUAAAAGUGAGACAUUAUUAUCGACAUUAAUCUGAAA